AAAUCUAUGACUGUACUGAAGUUGCCCAAUAAAAGAAGAUCGCUUAGGGUAACGUUAUUUCCUCUAAUAAAUCAAACCUAUAAAUAAUAAAUUAAAUCAGAAUACAUUCUGUUAGGGAUAAAAUAUGAAUAACCAAAUUGUGUACAAUCCAGCUAGAAUUGCGCGAAGAGAAAUUCGUAAAACGCUAAACGUAGAUGUGGUCACACUAAAAAGGAAAUUCGUGGACCAUUCCGAGGAGAAUGAGUUAAAAUCAGAGCAAUUAAGACUCGAGCAUCACACGAAAAUAUUCGCUUCGAUGUGUCCGGAUGAAAUUCUGGAUCACUAUGACGAUUAUAAUACCAGAAUGUACUACACCACUCUAAUGCUUGGUGACAUAUCAGGUUUUACAGACCUCGCUGAGAAAUACACUAAAACCGGAAAAGGCGGACCUUCGAAACUGACAGAAACCUUGAACAGUUACAUCGGCGCUAUGGUACAAGAAAUACUUUCCCACAAUGGUGACGUGUUGAAAUUUUCUGGAGAUGCGUUUAUCGUGAUGUGGAAGCUCCAUGAAGGAAUGAUGAUGCGAGACUUGGCCAUAGCAGCGAUGCAAACUGCUUGCAUCAUUCAGAAACAUUUUGGGUCCUAUGAUACUGAAGUUGGAGUGACUCUUAAGGUAAAAUUAGCUAUUGCUUCUGGAAAGGUAUACUUCACAUCUAUCGGAGAUCCCGAAUCCAUGUCACACUAUAUUAUCACCGGUACACCAGUGUGGGAUGUGAAAUUCGCCGAAGGCCUUUGCCGAGGAGGCGAUAUCCUAGUGGCUCCUAGUAGCUGGCAGUGGGUUAAUCCAAACGAAUAUGUCCAUGAAACGCUUCCAGAUGGUAUACACACACUUAUUAUAUCUUGCACGAGCAUGUGGUAUCAAGCUAAAGACGACGAAUUAAUCACCAGUACAGAUGACGAUGACAACGAAUAUGAGCCGGAUUUUUAUGAUUCGACGAUAGUUCCCAGAAUAGAUCAUGAGUCUAAGAUGGUGAUGAUGAAUAUAACUGGUACAACUUACGAGAGUGGAAAAUUUGAGCAAAUCGAUUACAGCUUACGGCCUAAAGUUAUAAAGGCAGCACAAGCUUGUUUGAAAGGAGCUUUACGAAGCUACAUGCUGAGACCAGUCAUUCGGUCUACCGAAAUGGACGAACCAUUGGAAUAUCUGACCGAAAUGAGACAUGUGGUGAUUCUCUUUAUCAAUGUAAUCACUUCCAACGUAGGCAAAAAUCAAUUAAUUGCCUUGGUGAACUCUGCUUAUAAACUAGUGUGCAAGAUCGUCGAUGGGAUGCACGGAUGCGUGAACAAGACGUCCCUUUUCGACAAGGACUUAAUGUUCCUUUGUGUGUUCGGUUUACGAGGCGACAAACAUGAACUAGAAUCGCAAAUCGGUUUAAGAUGCGCGUCCAAGUUACGAUCGACUCUCAUAGCGAUAGAAAAUGUGAAAUCUGUAACGGUAGGCGUGACAACGGGAAUGACAUACUGUGGAGUCGUAGGACACAUUUUACGGAGAGAAUACACCGUGAUUGGAAUACCAGUGAACAAGGCUGCGAGACUUAUGGUGGCGUAUAGAGACAAGGACAGCAUGAUAUCGUUGUUGGAGGAAGACAUGUUGACUCUAAAGAAACCACAUUUGAGUAUCGACAAUGAGGAAACCAUAAUCGCGAUUUGUAACAUUGCUCAGAACUUCACGUAUAAAGACGUGGAUCCCGAAAUUACGAUGGAUGCUAUGAUAUUGAAGCUUUUCGAUUCGUUGACACCUCUUGAUCAACUUCUCUUGAAAUGUGCUUCAGUGAUCGGGGAAACGGUGAAUAGACAUAUGCUAGAAAGUUUAAUGUCCAUCACUCCUAAAAGAGAAAUCGGACUUGCUGUUACGAAACUCUUUGAAAUACGAGUCUUCGGCUGUGCAAUUGGGGACUUCUCCAAAAAUGCGGGCCCUAUAGUAUUUAUCAAAAAUAUGCGAAAUCCUAAUUCAGAGAUGGACGUAUUCUGCAAGUGUAUCGGUCUCACUAUUCCAGAUGAACUGGUAGAUUUGCCAAGAUAUGCUUCCUGCGGCUUGAUGAGAUUUAAGAUGUCAACGUUUCGUGACACCACUUAUCAAUUGCUUACGGAAAAUCAGAAGAUAGAAUUGCACAACCAGGCAUUGAAAUAUUUGCAACACUAUACAAGACGUUGUGUUUCUUGCGGAGAGGGUCAAUUCGCAAAAUUAUUGGGGAAAACGUCAAACAAAGAAGAUAGAAAGAAAAAAAUGACAGACAUCGAUGAAAUGUUUGAACUGGAUUAUAACGAUGAGGCUAUUAACAAGGAAGACGAAAAAAAGAAAAAGGAAUUACUUUCUUGCCUGAACCUAUUUCGACGUGUGGAAAGGAAACCGACGGUAACGUUUUCAGAUGUAGAUUUUUCUAGCUGCCUGUGUGAACUGAUACUGAUGACGGUCUAUACUCAAAUACUCGAUCAUUGUCGUGGCAUUGGGAAUAUUGAAAAGACGCUCACUGCUCUUCUAGAAUUUGCAGAAAUUUGUUUGAUGAAUUGUAAUAUACCUCAAGCUCGAAAGCUUCUAUCAGAAAGCGAAACUAUCCUAAUGAAGCUAUUCGAAUCGAACGAAGACGAAAUAGUUCUUUUACCGUAUCUCACUGCGAAGAUACAGACUCUUCAAGGACAAUGUUUUCUUGAAAGCGGUUCCAUUUUCGAGGCCGAAGGAUCGCUCGAAAUGGCAUUAAAAAAUUUAGGAUACAGAUUUCCAAAGCUAGAAAUGAUGAUCGAUCUGAACUCACUCACGCAAUUGAUGAACUUAGAAAUAAAAUUGAUAUGUCCCAAGAAGACAGAGCUGCUAAACAGUCUCGAAGGAGACAAUAUGGAUUAUACUAAACAAUUAUCAGAAUGCUUGGCGCAAAUGUUCGAACUCUUCAGGUUUAAAGGGAUGAAGAAACACGCUCGCUUAGCAGCAAUGUGGGGUUUGAGCGCAGCUUUGGAAUCUAACAAAGAUUUAUACAUUCUCUGUACAUCGUUCACCAACAUGCUAAUCACAGCACAUAUGUAUCAAGACAGAUAUAUAAUUCCAUAUUUGGAACAAAGAGCUAUCAAUAUUUGCAACGAAAGCAGAGAAACACUUGAAACUCAAGAACUGAAUGUGAUCGUUCAACUUUACGCAGGAAUAUUCUUUUCUCGCUGGAUAAGGGGACAGAUCUCAAAAGCUAUUCAAAUCGGUUUCAUUUGUAGUAGGAUGGCCAGUGCGAUCGGAUCCACAUUCUUGAAGCUGGUGGUACUACCACGAUUAAUUCAUUUGCUGAUGAUCUCUUGCCGACAUUCGGAAGUAGUUACUCAAUUAAGAGAAUUAGAGUUUAUAUCUCAUCAUAAUUUUGACAAAUCUGGACGUACUUGGUAUUAUGCACUUUGCGCUGACUUCCAUUUAGAUACUGGAUUAACGAUUCUCCCUUUCCAAGCUUGUGAACAGUACUUUCUUCAGGAAGGCGAACAAAUGAUCAGUUUACAUGAUCCAGAAGCGGAAAGACGAUAUUUCACGUCAAUGUGGCUAUGGUGUAUUAGAACUGAAGAAUGGGAAGCUGCGAAAGUAUGGAGCGGUAGAAACGUGGAAAGCAUUAACAUAAUGGAUGAACAUAUAGUUGCAGCGACAAUUACUGCUUUAAAAAAGCUCGAAGGCCUACUAAUUCUUUAUGUUCAUAAACUAAAUAGUCGAAAUGCUGAUGCAGCUAUUACUAUGAUGGAGAUUAAAAGCAUAUUUAAAGAUACAAAGAAAAUGAGCAAAAUUGUUGAAAUCGUAAUUCCCAGAUAUAUGUUGCUGAAAGCGUAUUAUUGGAUGAUAAAAUCGCAGAAAAGUAACGCAAUAAAGAUUUUGAAAAAAUUACAGAAAGUAUGCAAAAAAAUGGAAAACAAACUGAUUUACGCAUGGGCACUACAUUGUGAAAAGGCUUGGUCAGGUGGAAUCUCUUCUGUACAUACAGACAAAUGGAGAGAAAUCGCGAACAGUAAAAUACUAAAUAAAUGGGAUGAAAUCAAUGUUAAUAAUUCAAAUAUGAUAAUCUUUACUUUUCCCUUACCAAAAUAUCUUCUUUGACAAUUUUUUAUUUUUAAUUUCAAUCAAAAUGAAUGUAAUUACACAAAAUAAAAUAUAUAUUAUAAUAGAAUAUUGUCGAAAACGAAAAUUUGUGUCUACUUUUUUUUUUUACUGUAAUCUGUUUAUGUGCAAUCUAUCAUACAAUGAUGAUCAGCACAGACUGUAUAGUUCAGAUUUUAAAUUAAAAAAAUGAAACUCAAAACAAAUGACGAUAGUAAAACUAGACGAUCAAUUUUCUGAUUUUGUGUGUGCUUUGGGAUACUUGUUAAAAUCAUACGUAAAAAUUAAUCAAAAGUAUUCUAAUAUUAAAAUAGCCUGUUAUAAACAGAAUAUUUAAUAAAAUUAAUACUUAUAUAUAUUAUUAAUACCAUAAUAAUAUUAUUAAUGUUAUACUAGCAAGUAAUCUAAAUACAAAUUUUAUACAAAUAAAAAUGCAAACUGCACCUUCACCUUCAAGUAAACCAUUAACAGGUUGUCAACUAAUUUUACCAACCUUUCCUACUAAUUCUAAUACGGUAUGUUUUUUUAAAAAUAUAUACUAAUAAUUAUAGAAUAUUUUCCAAUAGUAAAGUAAUAUGUUAACAGGUUUGUUAUUCCACUAUUCUUCCCUUUGUACCCACAAUGCCUAGAGGUUUUGCAAGCUAUUAUAAUAAAUAUCACCCAUACACAACACUACGUAAUAUCUGCACUUUUACCUGUCCCCCUUAUAGUAAGAUAUGUUUUUUAACCAAUGAACAUAAUAUAAUACAAAAAUGAAUAAAAAGUAACAAUAUUAUUUUUUUCAGCAUCUAGUGUGUACAGAUGCUAGGUACAAUUUUCAAAAUAAUAUAAUAUAAAUACUAUAUAGGCAAUUAAAUACAAUUAUUAAAUAAAAUUAAAAUUAUAAAUCACAUAAAGAUCUAUAUAUCGAUGAGAAAUUUAUUGUCAUGAGAAAUAUAAAUUAAAUAGAUAUGAAUUUUUAUCUUAAAAUGAUUUUAUUUUAAAAUACAAUUC